CAACAAGCUCAAGCAACAAAAUGCAGCCGCAUCUACAAGCGGCGGCAGCAGCACUGCAGGAGAGCCGAGGGACUGCCUUCAGGGACAGUAAUGCUGUCGAUCUGCGCGUACAAUACAAGUCCUUGCGCAGUCCGCCUAGCAAUCUACGCGUGAACAAAUGGGACGCGUUGAUCCUGGACUCGGAGAUCCUCGGGCUGCUCAAAGCACCCAUGAAGAGCAUGUUUAGCAUGUUCGAGCCUGGUAUCGUGGACCGAGUCAAGCCGGAGAUUGACGCGGUACUUGGUGCUAUGCUAUUCGUAUUCACCACCGGUGUCGGAAGGCCGACACCCGGCAUGAAACUAGAAAAUGUCCGAUAUGCUCCCCAUCUACUUACUCGACAUCGUGUGGGUGCCUUCUUCUUGCUGUCGGUGGGAGUGCCGUACGUGUGGAAGCGCCUCAUUCGAUAUCUAUCGUCUUCCCGAUGGACUGCCCGUGGCGACAGGUCUGACGGCGGAGAGACUUCUCGUGAGCGGAUGCUAGCACUGAUGAAGAAGCUCGAGACGCUUGUAAUCACGUGCCAGUUCGUCAACUUGCUCAUUUUCUUACGCAAGGGAACAUACCGCUCGCUCCCCGAGAGAUGCCUAGGAAUGAAAAUGGAGAGCAUCACGCCGUCGACAGCACCACGAUCAAUUAACUUCGAGUACAUGACUCGGCAGUUGUUGUGGGAGGGAUUGAUGGAGUUCGGCAACUUUGUGCUGCCCUUCUUGACGUGGAGUAGUUCGCGUACAACAGCAGCGUUUCAAGGAAUCUCGUCAGUUGCGAAUUCUCGUUCGUCGCAGUGCUGCCUGUGUGGCAUUUCGCCGCCACAAACGCCAUACAUCACGUCCUGCAAGCACGUGUACUGCUACUACUGUCUGCAGACAGCGGUUGCCACGGAGGAUGAUUUCGCGUGUGUUGCAUGCGGAGUGAGGUUCGAUUCGUCACAGCGUCUGCACAUGUAGACUUACACCGAAUACAGUUACUGCGGUACUUGAAGCUUUUGCUUUUUUGCUACACUAGUACUAAUAUUUGAUCAUCCUUUCCAAUUCCAACGAAUACAAUUCUCAAACUGCUGUCGACUGUAAGUCUCCUGCGAAAAUGGAGAUGACGAAAGCAACGCUACUACUACGUACGAGUAGUAUGCAGUGCUUAGUAUAUCCGAAACAAGGCGAGAUUUUCCCU